AUGAGAUAUCUAGGAGUUUGGUUAGACGCAGACGGCACUCUCAACACACACUUUAAAAAGAUCUUGGAAAAAGCCUCCUCCGCUAUAAAAUCCUUUUCCCGCAUUCUUCCAAAUGUAGACGGGCCUUCUUCCAUGAAGAGAAAAUUCAUCGCCACGGCAAUUCUUUCCAUCAUCUUUUAUGCUGUAAAUAUCUGGGCCACUGCUGGAGUAUCAAAUAAAAACAAGAAGCUACUAACGAAAACCAUCCGACCGCUGAAACAACGCAUAUUCAUGGCUUACAGGACCGCAUCUAACACCGCCCUUGACAUGAUAAGUGGUAUACUGCCUAUUAAUCACCUAAUCACUGAAAAACUCAGCCUUUGGAAUAUAGAAGCAAGCAAACCAGACAUCAAAGCUUCCGUCAGAGCAGCCUGGAUAUUGGAUUGGCUACAAGAUCCUACCAAAGACGCCUGGCUCAAAAACCUUCUCAUAGACCCCGAAUACUGGCUCACCAGGAAAUUCGGUGACCUAGACUUCUUCCUUACACAAGCUCUUACAGGAUACGGCGCCUUUAACAACUAUCUCCAUCGUAUGAAAAUUUCACCAUCUCCCUUUUGCCCAUAUUGUCCCGCGGCACUUAGUACUCCGGAGCAUUCACUCUUCGAAUGUGCAAAAUUCACACCGGAGAGGGCUCGUCUGAAGACACACAUAGGAAAGACAUUCACCAUCGCGAAUUUCCAAACCCGUUUACAAGACUCGAAAGACAGUUGGACUAAAGUGUGUACAUAUUUCAAGACCGUCCUUGUAAAUAAAAAAGCAGCAAUAGACACUCUAAUCUUUACCGAUGUAUGCCAAAACAAGGCGGAUUCCGGUGUCGCGCACCAUCACCCGAGUUGA